AUGUCGCUGGACUUAAAUUUGGAGGUAGUAACGGACGUGUGGCAAGAGAAGUGUUUGGUAGUACAGGAUGUUGUUGGACGGAUAGUGGGGAAUGCCGACAAACUGGUUGUAGGGGAUGUUGUUGGACUGGAAGGCGGAGAUGAUGUCGGAUUGGUGGUAGUGGAUAUUGUUGAACUGGUAGAGGGUGGUGUUAUUGGACAGGUAGUAACGGACGUGUGGCAAGAGAAGUGUUUGGUAGUACAGGAUGUUGUUGGACGGAUAGUGGGGAAUGCCGACAAACUGGUUGUAGGGGAUGUUGUUGGACUGGAAGGCGGAGAUGAUGUCGGAUUGGUGGUAGUGGAUAUUGUUGAACUGGUAGAGGGUGGUGUUAUUGGACAGGUAAAGGGCGACGUUGUUGGACUGGUAGUAAACGAUAUUGUUGGACUAGUGUUAUGA